AACUCUCCUGCACGUUAAUCCUGCAGUGGCCUUUCGGGCGGGGCUCUAUGAGCCAGUAUAAGAGAGGAGAGAGGGUGGGUGGAGGGACAAUCUCCUGUGGACCUGCUGCGACCCUCUGCUCCUCUAGUUCUGCGUUGCUGCCUCCUCCUCCACCACCCUAACCAGAACCAUGGACAACUCCGGGAUGCUCCGCGGGCUGCUGUUUGUCGGCCUGUUGUCCAUCUUGUGUCACGGCCAGGCGUCCCAGGAAGUCUCUGCGGAGGACUUUGGAGUGGAGAAAGCCGAACCAGCUGCAGACAGAGACCUGAUAGAAGCGCUGGAGGCUCUGCUGGGUAGGAUGCAUAAUCGGAUUUCCUCCACCGAAAAAAGAGGGAGCAUCCCACUGUGUGGGAUGGGCGACCGGUGUGCCAUGAAGUUUGGACCUCGCAUCGGGAAGCUCUGCGACUGUGGAAGAGGCGCCAACUGCAACUCCUACCUACUCAAGUGCAUCUGAACCACAGAGGACUUUUGUUGUCUUUUUCUGCACUGCGCUCUUUUCGCAGGACCAAACAUCCUUCAGCUGGCUGCACACAACACCUGACUCUCAUCUUAUUGUCAUUCUCUAAUGUCAGCAUUUAUAUCUGUCAUGCAUUGCCCUUUGUUCUGGCAGUUGUUGCCUGAAGAUAAGCAUGGAUUUUGUACUUUCUGACAGUCUUAUAAUGCACUGUAGCAUGUAGAUGUUUCAUGUUCAAUAAACAGAUUUGUCAACACA